CAUGGCCCCGCCUUCGCCAUGGCGCCGGACGAGAGCGUGGGGACCGAGGGGCUGCUGCGGAGCUUCGAGCGCCGCUUCCUGGCGGCGCGCGCUCUGUGCACCUUCCCCUGGCAGAGCCUAGAAGAGAAAUUAAGGAACUCAUCAGAUUCUGAGCUGCUGCUGGAUAUUUUGCAGAAGACGGUGAAACAUCCUCUGUGUGUGAGGCACCCACCGGCAGUGAAGUAUGCCCGGUGCUUUCUCUCGGAGCUCAUCAAAAAGCACGAGGCUGUCCACACCGAGCCACUGGAUGAACUAUAUGAAGCGUUGGCAGAGGUCCUGACUACCAAGGAGUCCAUCCAGGGCCACCGGAGCUAUCUGCUGCCUUCAGGGGACUCGGUGACACUUUCUGAGAGCACAGCCAUCGUCUCCCAUGGCACCACCGGCCUGGUCACGUGGGACGCUGCCCUCUACCUUGCGGAAUGGGCCAUUGAGAACCCAGCAGCCUUCACUCACAGGACAGUCCUAGAACUGGGCAGUGGAGCUGGCCUCACGGGCCUGGCCAUUUGCAAAACAUGCCAUCCUAGAGCCUACAUCUUCAGUGACUGUCACAGCCGUGUCCUUGAGCAGCUUCGAGAGAAUGUCCUUCUCAAUGGCUUAUUGUUAGAGCCAGACGUCACCACCAACUCAGAGAGCCCCAGGGUGACAGUGGCCCAUCUGGACUGGGAUGUUGUGACGAUCCCUCAGCUCUCUGCCUUCCACCCAGAUGUUGUAAUUGCAGCAGACGUGCUGUACUGCCCUGAAGUCAUCCUCUCACUGGUCAAGGUCCUGCAGCACCUCUCUUCUUGCCGGAAGGACCAGCGGACUCCUGACGUCUUUGUUGCCUUCACCAUCCGCAACCAAGAGACGUGUCAGCUGUUCACCACCAAGCUAGUGACUCAAAAAUCAUCCCUGCAACUGGCUCUUCAGACACCUGUGCUGAUGAGGAUGGCAUGAUUCCCUCUAAGUGUGAAGAGUGGGCCUGCUGAGCAGACAUACAUGGGUUCUGACCUUGGAGGGGCAGGUGCACAGCGGGGCAUAGCGGAAAGCCUGGCCACCAGUCACUACCCUGCAGACCACCUGGAAGAGGCUCCCGAGCAUCGGGUGGAAAUCUGUGAAGCGAGCGGACCAGCCUGGACACAUCCCAGGCCCAUCUCAAAUUCCAUCUUGAGAUGCGUGUGCUCUGUUUCCAGGCCAGGCCGGGAUCCGAUGGGAAGCAGUACCUCCUCACGACCGGAAACUGUUCCCUUAUGAUGAGCACUCAGAGAUGGCAAUUCUGCAACUCACGCUGUAGGGCUCCCAAAGGCUUCUGAAGAUUACUGUGAAAAUUAAAUCACUAACAUAGAAAGAAUUUUUGUGGGAAAGCAAAUAAAACUUUCACUGGG